AUGACCACCAGCAGAGACCGCCGCGUCGCCAAGGAGCUCGCCGACAUCCAUGCCGACCAGGACAGCUCCGGCGUCUUCGCCGCACCCGCCGACGGCGUCUCCCUGCGCUCCCUCGUCGGCAUCUUCCCCGCGCCCCCGGACACGCCCUACGCCGGCGGCACCUACGAGGUCGAAGUCGACAUCCCCGACAGCUACCCCUUCAAGCCCCCUAAGAUGCGCUUCAAGACCAAAAUCUGGCAUCCCAACGUCUCCUCCCAAACCGGCGCAAUCUGCCUCGAUACACUCACCACCGGCUGGUCCCCCGUCCAGACUAUCAAGACGGCCCUCCUCUCCCUGCGCAUGCUCCUCGAAUUCCCAAACUCAAAGGACCCCCAGGACGCCGAGGUCGCCAAGAUGAUGAACGAGCAUCCCGAGAGCUUCGCCCUCUUCGCCCACGAAUGGGCCGUCAAGUACGCCGGCGCCCCCCGCCGUACCAUUGACACGAGCCAGUUUGCCCAACCGUCCGCCGCCGCCCCCGUAGACGAUGCUCAGAGAUACAACGGGUACAACAAACGCAUGGUCGACAAGUUUACUUCCAUGGGGUUUGACGUAGAGGCCGUCGUCGACGCCUUUCGGCUUGUGGGCAUCGAUCGUAACAACGGCCACUAUUACGAGCUUGAGGAGGCUUACAUGGGCGAGAUUACCGCCCGUCUGCUAGGCGAGCAAUAA